AUGAUUGUGCCAACUGGGUUCAGGUUUAAUCCCACCGAUGAAGAGCUCAUCGAAAUUUUGGAAAGGAAAGUUUGUGGGAAACAAAUGCCUCUCCAUGACACUUUCAUUAUUGAAAAAAAUGUUUAUGAUCAUGAACCUGAAAAACUUGAGUGGGAUCGCACCAUGGCGGUACACAAAAAUGAGAGAUAUUAUUACUGCAUAAGAGAGAAUGAUUCACGAGAAGUUUCAGGUCGAGGAUGGUGGAAAGCAACAAGCCAUGUGAAGAAAAUUUAUGCUAAUAACAAAUGCGUGGUUGGUUACAAAAGACCUCUCACAUUUCACAGGUUUACAGGCAAUAAAAGAAAGCGCAACAAAGCCAUCAAGACUAACUGGAUUAUGUAUGAAUAUGGCCUAGAAUCCUACACAACGGAAUGGAGACUGUGCAAGAUCAAGUAUAAGGGAAAACAAAGUGUGCAAGAAGAGCUGGAGAAUAUUCGAAAAGGUUACGGAUUAAGCAGUGAUAUUAUUUCUGGAGAAAGAUGUUCAGUAAUGGAGAUGAAAUCAUCCUCAUCUUCAUCGGUAGUUUUUGUUGAUGAAGAAGAAGAGCGGCAACCAAUAAUGAAGUCUCUUGAAGAAGUGGAGAAUAAAAUAACAAGUGAUGAUUUUAUUAGUGAGAAGAUCCAAAGAGAAGAUCAAGAGAUGAAUAAUGAAGAGGAACAACAACUGAUGCUAUAUGCUUCAUAUAAUUAUGAUCCAAUCUUAACACACAUUACCAGUAGUUCAAAUUAUGAUUAUUUUGGUGAUUAUAAUUAUAAUUAUCAACUUGAACAAUUACCAUAUUCUGUAGAUGAACUAUUUCCUAGCUUUUGGUCUUAG